AUGGUUAAUAAUUCAUAUGUAUUAUUAAAUGAUAAAGCAUCUGGAAAUGAUAUAAAGUUAGCUAGAUGUUGUCCAUCGAUGGAUUUGAUCGCUCUGCUCAGCCACAGUGGUCAUAUUGUCAUACAUAGAUUUAUCAAUUGGCAACGAUUGUUUUCAGUGGCGGCAUCACAGUCCGUCGAAAAUACAUCGGAUAUUGCAACGUCAAUCGAGUGGAGUCCCAAUGGAAAAGUACUAGCCGUUGGCUAUUCAAGUGGAUUGCUCUCACUCAUCUCCAUUGAGAAUGGUAAAGAGAUAUAUUGUACACGUGACACUUCACAAUCAUCGUCAUCAUCAGCUAUAGUCAAACUAUUUUGGAUACAAUACCAACAACGACAACUAAACACAUUCAAACCAACCUAUUCCAAUAAUGAACAGUGUUUUCCUUCAUUCUCACAUUACACAUUGGAUAGAGAAGAUGAGAUGAGAUCAUUUCCAUUAAGACAUGAUAUAGAUACAUUUGAUAUUUUAAUUACAGUUACCGAUAGUUCUAUUAUAUCAUUUUAUGCAUUUGGAGUAACAUUGAUAGGAUCUAUAGAUUUAUACAAGUUAAUAUCAGAGAAAUAUAGUUCACAACACUUUUUGAUAAAAUCAAUGAAGAGGGUUGAGGUUUCACAGGUUAUGUUGUCAAAGGAUUUCAAUUGCUUGAUGGUUUCAGUUGAGACUGACAAUGGUUUAGCUAUACUAAUUGACAUCGAUACUACAGAGUUAUCAACAAAGAUAGCAGAGCUAUUCGAUGUCUCACUGAAAUUACAACUCAGUGAAGACACCCCACAGGAAAGACGUAGUGCAUUCUACGAUGAACUACAUAUAGUCGAGCUUUUAGAGCAAGGUUUACAACUAGAUCCACUAGGUCCAACACAUAUCAACCGACUACUAAAUAAUGAUUAUAUGCCAACUUUUAAAUUAAAAUAUAACAUUAAUAAUAACGACGAUAGUAAUAAUAAUAGUAGUAGUAAUAGUAAAUCAUUAUUAGAUGAAUUUAAUGAAGUAUCAACAAAGUUAAGAAAUACAUUGAAUCUCUCAGUAAACAAAACGAUUGUAGAUAGAUUUAAGAUUGUAAAUAUAACACCUUUAUGUAUGUUCGAGAAAGUAGAGCAACAACAACAACAACAACAACAACAACAACAACAACAACAACAACAACAAAAACAAAGAUUUUUAUCAUCAUUUGAAUCACAUUUAGAUGGUGGAGAUCAGAUUGUAGUUACUUUUAUGACACCUGGUUGUAGUAAGAUAUUCAUUGGUAUUAAAGAAACGAAAAUAUGGAAGUUUGGUUGUAUACUACUAGAUGAAGAUUCAGCAGCCGAACGUUUAGAUGAUAUGUUUAUUUAUAAAGACGAUUUAUUAUGUUUAAUAUCAAAGAAUAUUAAUAAUGAGAGUAACAAUAAUAAUAAUAAUAAUAGUAUAAGAGAAUCAACUUUUAUAAAACAAUUUAAUUAUAGACAAGAUUUAGAAUAUAUGUUAUUGGGGGUAAAUAUACCGCCUUCGACAGUUAUGGUGGAUCUAUUGGAUGGAUUCCUAUGUCAAGCUGCACCAAAUACACCAAUCAAGUCAAGACAAGUUGCACCCGAGCUCACUAAAUCACUGACAACCAAGAGAAUCAAUGUAUCAAUCGAUAGAAACGUUAUAGCAGUUACUUUAGGUACCAGAAGAACUCUUGUCUUUGAUUUAGCAGAUGACGAAGAACAAGAAGAAGAAGAAGAGGAAGAAGAAGAAGAAGAACAAGAGCAAGAGCAAGAACAAGAGCAAAUGGAAGAGAAUGAUACAGUUAAUGAAUAA